AUGUCGGCAGCGGCAAGAAUUGCUUUUGAAACUCAAACAGCCAGAGAUUUUGUUUGGCCUUAUGAAAAACCUUUGGCUGAAAUACCUGAAGAACCACCAAUAGAAACAAAAGAUAAAAAUUUUUUUUUGCCAAGAAUACCUCCGGAAGAUUGUGGUUGCUACUUUCAUGCCUGCGAAGUUGGAAAAUAUGCAGAAUUGGCAGAAAAAAGAGACUACAUGGAAAGAACUAUCGAUCUUAUAGAACAACAGAUGACAGCUAUAACAAACGACAUGCUGGAUUCACCGUGUGGAGUUACCGAUGAAGCAAUGAAAACAAUUUAUGAAACGGAUUUUUCUAGACGAGGAUGGCCUUUUGCAACAUAUAGAAAACUAAUAGCUGAAACAGAUUGUCAAUUAUGUCCUCCACCUCAAUAUAAACAAGUACUGGGAUUGAAAAACGGUUACAGAGAUCCAACAAAUUUCCGUUUGGUACCUCAUGCCCUACCGGGUAUCGAUCCGGCAAAACCAAUUACAUUCAGUAAAAAAAGUAUUAAUUACUAUUGGAAAGUUUGGCCGACGCGUACAGAGUACGGGGAUAUGUAUAGUAGACAAGGAAGAGCACUCACAAUAGCCGCACAACAAUUCUUAGAACCCUUGCCGAGUAGUCGUAGAAGACCGUAA